ACAAUACAGGCUGUAGGCUCAUUGUUGCUGCUUGCCAGCAGGCCUAUCGCUGCCCCAGGGACAAGGCCCCUCUUUCUGUCCUGGGACGGCUCACCAUGCACCUCACCCAGCUCAACCAUGAGUGUCUCCUCCACCUCUUCUCCUUCUUGGACAAGGACAGCCGGAGGAGUUUGUCCUUUACCUGUCAGCAGCUGCGUGAGGUCUUCCUGGACCCCCGCCUCUGGAAUCUACUCCACUUCAGCUCCCCGUGUCAACUGAGGAGAGACAACUUUGUGCUGGGACCCUCACUGCGUUACUUGACUAUUUGCUGGUAUUCCAGCAGGGUCCUGCAAGUGUGCAACAUUGAGGACUGGCUGAAGAGUUCGUUUCAGAAGGACAUCUGCAGCAAACACGAGAGCCUGGUCAGCACUUUCCUGGCCCAUGUCUGCCACAUGUGUCCCAACCUGCUCCAGCUAACCCUGUCUGGCUGUGGACACAUCACCGAUCAGGAUGUGAUCUCCGUGCUGCAGAGCUGCAGGAAGCUACGCCGCCUCUGCCUGGAGAACUGCGUCCGCAUCACCGACUGCAGCCUGCGGGAAGGUGUGGUGGCUCAUGGAAACGGUCUGGAGGAGGUCAAGGUGGACUUUUGCAGGAACGUCACUCAGGCGGGGCUGCAGGCUGUCAGGGGGAACAGGCCGAGGAUCCAGCUGAGUGCAGAGAGGAGCGCUGAUAUGAUCCCUGACAGCAAGCCCGAGGAGAGGGUGCCGCUCAGGAGGACGCUGCAGAAAGUCCUGCAGUUCUCCUGAGGGAAAUGCUUCACAUGCUUUCACGUGGACCACAAGGGGGAAAAAAAGACGUGAUUUAAGGACUUGUCUUUGUUUGUUCUGUUUUGUAUUUAUAUUUAAUAGAAGUGUUUUUUGCACCCUUUUGAUAUCUUUUUAUACAACAUGUGCUGAAUAUGAAUCUUCCUUAUGUGCCUUUCAAGCUGUCUCUAUUCCAUGUUAUUUUAAUCAGGGAGAAUUCCACACACACACUUACAAUAAAGUCUUAUAUACACAGGUGGCCUCAUUGGUAAAUGUUAAUCAAUAAACAUUGAAAUGCUUAAAUGAUUUAUAUUUGUCAUUAUGGGAAAUGUGCUUAUUCACUUUCUUAUUUAGAGUUAGAUGAGAAGAUCAAAGCCUAUCUUUUGUCAGUGCAGUAAAUAUGAAAAUGUUGCCAACAGCCACUUAGUUUAGACAGAGGGAAACAGCUAACCUGGCAGUAUGCAAAAGUAAAAAUAAAUAAGUCACCCAGCACCACCUCUAAUUCCCUCACUAUUUAACAUAACAUUUAUAUCUUCUUUGUUUGCUGUUUCAUGGAGAUGUUAAGGAGGUAUCAAUCACCUCAAAUAACUCUCAGCAAGAAAGUGAAUAAGCAUAAUUCCCCCCAAAAAAGACAAACCAUUCCUUUAACAGCACAUGCUAGUUUAAUUAAAACAUCACUUCCCCCGAGGAAGUUAUGCCCACCUACAUGGUACAAAAGAACAGAAGUCGCAUGGUUGCACUGUGCUCUGUGUCUGUCAUUCUAAGACAUGUCAGCGCUGGGAGGAAGGGUUCUCCUAGGGCAAAGUGGCCCUGCGCCUGAGCUGUGAUUGGAAUCAUGUUAUAUAAGACUGUGAGACACAUGAAAGUAGGUUGAUUAGUGGAGUGUGUCUGUCUGUAAAUGCCAUGUGACAAUUUUAUUGCAGGCUGCUGGGGCGCUCCCAUGCCUGUCCAAUGACUGCAUCUCUAAAGAAUAACCAUACAUUGUCACAAAAGGUCAACUUAAUAAGCUUUGUCCCCCAUCCCACCAGGACAUGUGCUUUUAUGAUAUAAUACUGUAUGUAGCAAAAUACCCGUUUCAUUUUGCUGUUGAAGAAAGGUCACAAAACUAUAUUUGUUUGUUUGUUUGUUUGUUUACUUACUGUUUGUGUUGUUGUUGUUUUUUACAAUACUUCUAAUUCAAAUUUGAGAUGGACAAAAAUAAUGCACAAUUUUCUGAAUGUAAAUGUAAAUCUCCAUAGUGAUGAACCUACAGAAA